UUUGCUUCGAUUCAGGGGUUUCGUGUUCUCCAGACUCAAAAAAAUGUCGGAAAUACAAACUGGAUUUCUAACAAUGACGACAAUAAUCUUGAUAUCUAUAGGCCUCACAAUGAUGGGAACAGGUCUAUACCAAAAAAAAACAGUGUCUUCUUGCAUCCAAGAAACGUCAGGCCCGUUUGUGUUACUUGGUCUGUUUCUUCUGUUGAUUCCUCAGAUCGGUCUAUACGGAAUCUGUUGCCGCUCCAAACGUCUUUUCAAUUUUUUCUACUAUGGCAUGGUUGUGGUCAUUAUCAUUGUAUCUGGUUUUUCAAUCAAAUGUUUUCUUUACAACACCACUUUUGGAAUCCCUAAGAAUCCGGCCAACGACCACCGCACCGUGCCACAGUUACUUGGCCAGCUGGUCCCUAAGGAGAAGUUCGAGAAGGUAACCUCGUGUAUCAUUUACAACCAUGACUGUAAUUUCAAUGCCAGCAAAAACAGCAAUGUUUGGAAGUAUUGCUGUGCACAACCGGAGGAAUGUGGGGAUGUGACGAUGUUCGACAAGCCAGGCGAGUGGAGUUGGAAACAUCAGUAUGAACGGAACCAAGUUCCAGAUCAAUGUUCUUAUGAAUAUUGUUUGGAUUGCAAAGGCUGCCAACUAAGCAUCUUAAAAGCCAUUGUUCAUCAAUGGAAAUAUCUCUCAAUGUUUACUUAUCCUUCUCUAGUCCUUUCCUGCCUCAGUCUUGCAUUGGCUUGGUCUCUCAAGGAGACUAUACAUGAAACCGAAGAUUAUCUAGGUUCGUAUAGUUGA